UACGAACAACCAAGCGAGUCACUACAGCUCAUCCAUCAGGUUCUCAGUCGCUCGUCUCUCACCUCCAUCCGGCAGAGCUCGGCGGCCUCGAGCACUGUCCGCAUGGCAUCUAACGACUCGCCAGCCGCAGCGGCAACUGCACCCAGUGGUGAGGAGAACAGAAGGUUGCGGACUAUCACAAUCCACAUCCUAUCUCCUUCACUUCCAGCUCCAAAUCGGUUUACAAUCAUUGACCUGCCAAUUGAAACCACCGUCGGAGAAUUGCGAGCACGCAUCACCCAGGCCCUCCCGAGUCAGCCUGCACCCUCGACCCAGAGACUGAUUUAUCAAGGUCGGCCUUUGUUGAAUAACAGCCAGAUGCUGUCAGAAGUCCUGGGCACUGUUGAGGAAACUGAGCACUCGAUACACUUGGUCUUACCGCCCCCUUCAGCCUCGAGACCCGCUGACAACAAUGGCUCUGUAUUCGAUCCUGUCCGUCGCAUGAGGGAGACGAGCCGAGUGCCGUCCCAGCUCAGUCCCGGCAAUACUGCCCCGCCUCAGAUUGCAGGAGAUGGCCUGCGAUUCCGUGGCUUGCCGCCGCCAGUAGCUCCACAUGAACGACAGCACUAUUGGGACAACCUGAAUGGGGCCCCGCCUGGAAUAGUCCAAUCUGUCCCUUAUGGCAUGGACGCACCCAACCCUGUCGCCGAAAAUCACGAGAUCGAUGGCUUACGCCGUCAGGUUGAAAAUGCAGAAGACGCCUUGGACCACCACUUCCUCCCGCUCCACGAGUCUUUGUACCAGAUGCGUUCUCACGCCGAGCAAUGGCUACAGCAACGGCCUCAUAUGCGGGGGCAUGCCCUGCAUACACAUGUACAUGGAUUGCUGCAGCGUAUCUUGGUCAUUUAUCGGCGUGUCGACCGUCUGACCACUACUCGUGGCGGAGAUCUGGCAGCAGCAGGCCCCCAUUCUUCGCCCAUGCAGGUCUUCGUUGCCACUGGGCCAGAUGGUCGCCAGAGCUUGAUUAUGCCCUCAACUAGCGCGACAUUGUUUCCCCUGGCGACACCCAUGCCACAGUCUUCCAACAUCCACAUCACCCCGAUUGGAAACAACAAUGUCAAUCAUGCGGUUCCUGCGGGGCAAAACCCAGCGGGCGUGCAAGAUAUUGUUCGCCAGGCCGUGAUCAACCAACAGAGACGCCGAGAAGUCGAGAACGUUCCCGCCGGGCAAUAUCUGCGCCGGAUCUGGCUGUUCAUCCGCCUGUACUUCUGCAUUUACAUGAUCAGCAGCUCAGGUUCCUGGGCCCGUGUCUUCCUCGUCGCCGGUGCGGUGCUUAUUGCCCUGCUAUCCGAUACAGAAAUUCCUCGCCGGUUCCAAGCAAUGCUUGUUGCGCCAAUCCAGCGCCAUCUCGAAGGUCUCGCUCACCUAGGUGGACCAGUGGAUCAGGAGCCACAGGCCGCUGGAGGUCAGAACGCUGCGACUGCCCAGGCGGGUGGUAAUGCUCCAAACACAGUUCAUGGCGAAUUAUGGAGCAGCAUUCGCCGUGUGGAACGAUCUAUUGUGCUGCUACUCGCGAGUCUCAUUCCGGGCAUCGGCGAAAGACAGGUGGAGGCACGGAACGCGGCUGAGGCGGAAGCGGAGCGUCUUCGUCAAGAGGAACAGCAGCGGCUUCAACAACAGCAGCAGCAAGAAGAAGCACAGGCUGACGCUCAGUCCGAUAUCGUGGCAGAUGAUACGGUGGAAAAUGAUGCUGCCAUCGAUUACGGGUUCCCUGAGCAGCCACAGCCUGAACAGCCACAACCUGAGCAAGGUGUCCCCGCAUGA